AUGUUGGAUGACAAAAUCAAAAGUCGGGCCACGAUGGCAACGUUCCACUAUCUUACCCUGUUGCACUUGGCAGCUGUUGCAAGUCUUGCGGCUUCUGCGUCCGAGAAUGAUAUUUUCUCCGAAGCUCCUGUGGUGUGCUUCAAGACAGGAUGUGUGCGCGGGACGCAAAAGAUGGUUGAGGACAAAACUGUGAACGAGUUCUACGGAAUCCCGUACGCAAUGCAGCCGACAGGAGCUCUGCGCUUCAAAAAGCCACAACCCCAGUACGACUGGGGCACCGGGAUCUACAACGCCACGGUCAAGCCUCCUUCCUGCCCGCAGGUGUAUUUUUAUGCCGACGAGCGUUGGAACAACUACGACUUGAGUGUCAGCGAAGAUUGCCUCUACCUGAACGUGUGGACUCCAGAUACCUGCCAAGACCGGUCCAAGUGCACCAAGAAGCCAGUUAUCGUAUUCAUUCACGGAGGAGCAUUCACUUAUGGAGGCUCUGAGCGGGCAUCAACGGAUAUGUCACACCUGUCAGCCGUCGGAGAUGUGGUUUCAGUGUCGUUCAACUACCGACUAAACGCUUUGGGAUUCUUGUACGCUCGGCACAGGGACGUGCCAGGAAACGCAGGGCUCUUCGAUCAGAACCUCGCGCUCAAGUGGGUAAAAGACAACAUCGAAUAUUUCGGCGGAGAUCCGGACAGCAUCACCGUGAUGGGGCAUGGUGCGGGAGCCCAGAGCGUCGGCUAUCACAUGUUGUCGCCCAUGAGUCGAAACUUGUUCAAGAGGGCAAUUUUACUGGGAGGUAGUCCUUACACCUCAUCGCCGUUGAAUCGAAGAGACGUCGCUUAUAACAGGGCCCUCACGGUUGCUCGAAAGCUAGGCUGCCUCAAUACUCAGUUGGACUGGGUGAGGAACUCGAGUGGCGUCAUCAGCUGUCUUCAACAGAAGGACGCUUUGGAUGUAGCGUCCAGCUCGCAAUACGAGUUUAGGAGAGGUCGGAUAUCGCUUUUACCCGUGUUUGGAGAAGAGUUUCUGCCUAAAACUCCCAGGGAUAUGAUGCAGGACAUACGAAGCUUCAGCGGCAUGGAUGUCUUGAUGGGCAUCACGGAAGAGGAAGGUUCCGAACUUCUCUACUACGGCGGAUAUUUUGACGGAGCGCCUAUAAAUGAUAUCAAGAUGGGAGACAUCCGUUACCUGGUGGGACUCUACUUCGGCACCAUGUACAAACGAAAUGCAUCUCCGGUGUCGAACUAUUACUUGAACAUGACCAAGCCCUCUGCGAGCCAGAUGAUCAAGGCUGGAGGACGUGCCAUUGGAGACGGAAUCACUCUUUGUCCCGGCAAGGAAUUUGGAGAAAGCCUAGCGAACCUGGGAGCCAAGGUGUACUACUUUAUGUUGACGCAGCAAUCAUCGUUUGGAUCGGAGCUCUUCGGGCCAACACACGGAGAAGACAUGUUGUACAUGCUCGGUUCUAUGAAUGACAUGAACGCCAACCUAGACGAGAGGCGCCUUUCGGAGAGGAUGAUGAAGAUGGUCGGCGAGUUCACGAGGUCGGGGACGCCAAGUAUGCCAUCAAUGAUGCCAUCCUGGCCGACCUUCUCUGCCGAGAAACCCCAGUACGUUACCCUGUCAGCGCACAACGCAAGCGUCCACACCGGACCACGACUUCAGGAGUGCAGCUUCUGGAAGAACUUCUGGAGAAUUCGUGGUCGCAGUGCGCAGUCGCAGAACAUCGUACUGGGAUAACCUCUCGAUUUCGUGCAACUGUCGCCAUGCGAUAGCUUGAACACUUCUGGGGGGAAAACACAAUAGAAAAUUCUGCUAUUGGUGCCUCUUUCCCCAGGGUAGGGUUGUGUUCGAAUAGCGUCAAGUGAUAUGCAUUUUCCGACAGCUGUUCUUUUUAAUUUCUCAAACAUUGCAAAGCAGUAUAUUUUAUUUCUCCUUUGACAUCCGUGACUUUUGUAAUGUGAUUAAUUGUAUAGAUCUUCCAUUAUUGUUACAUCUCUCAUCGCUGUGGCGUCAAGAACGGCUCAGAUUUUUCUUUGUUUUGUGAUGACGCUCUAACAAGUGUGUUGUUGUUGCACGUCACCAUCAUCAGCACAUCACUUUCUCGAGCUCGAAAUGUUUGUGUAAAUCAUGUGAUACCACCAAAUCUCUUUCUUCGCUAACAUUAAUUGAGUGACUUUUCAGAAAAUUAAAAUUAUAUAUAUUUCGGUGUCAGUUUACAUUUCUGAUCGCCAUGCCGUCAGCUCCAUACAUUUUUGUUUCUUUUCAUUUUUUGUCCAUUGACCGCAUGCACUGCCCUGGCAUUCAUGGAUAUGUGCCAACUCUUUCUCGAGAUUCAUCGCCUGUCGAAUUCUAUAGUGUUUGGUUAUGAAUUAAACUAACUUCGACACAAAUAUUUAAUUAUAGUUUGCAUUAGCAUGAUUCAGCAAGUGAGCGAAUGAAAAUGCUAAACAAGGGUUCUGUGUAUUGAAUAAAAUAGUUCAUCUUUGUUA